GCUGGUUGCUAAGACACUCUUGCUCGCUCCUUGACAACCCUGGCGGGGGUGCGCUGGCAGCGGCCUCAGCUCCGGGCCCCGCGGGAGCAGGUGAGGCCGCCGGAGUGCGGCGGGCAGCGCGGCGGGCACCCCUUGGGGAAAGACAUUUUCUGCUCCCGCCAAGUUGGCAAGGCCUGCUUCCCAAGCCUUCUGGGUGGCGUGACUACUGGGCCCAGCACCUCCUGAAAGCCCCACUCUCUCCUCCUGAGGGCACACUGGGAGGAUCAUGGGAGAGGCAGAAGGGAAGAAAGAGGACGCUGACUAUAAGCGACUGCAGACCUUCCCCCUGGUCAGGCACUCGGACAUGCCAGAGGAGAUGCGAGUGGAAACCAUGGAACUUUGUGUCACAGCCUGUGAGAAAUUCUCCAACAACAACGAGAGUGCUGCAAAGAUGAUCAAAGAGACAAUGGACAAGAAGUUUGGCUCCUCCUGGCAUGUGGUGAUCGGCGAGGGCUUUGGGUUCGAGAUCACCCAUGAGGUGAAGAACCUCCUCUACCUGUACUUCGGGGGAACACUAGCGGUGUGUGUGUGGAAGUGCUCCUGACAGCGUCCCGCCGCUCUCCUGCCUCUCCUCUGGGCUGGGGAGCAGCCCUAGGCGAGCCUGGCUCCUGCAAGGAAAAAUCAGUCUUUUAUUUGUCCUUGUGUACCGGUUUCCUGAGCCACACCCAGCAUUUGAAUUCAGUGAUAUCUCCACUCCCAGGCUCUCCAGUGUCUCUCUGAGUCCUGAGCUGUGGACAGGCAUCUCUGUGCAUUGAGGGGUGGGAUCAUGGGACAGGUGAAGGGGGUGAGGUCAUGGGAUUUUUCUCCUUGGAAUGGACUGGUCCCACCAUUCAUCCCAGGAACCCCAAAGCCCUUCUACCCGAAGGACUGCUGGGAAGUAUCUCUUGCCCUUGUCAUUAGUCGCUUUGUGGAAGCAGCCUAAGAAGAGGCCUCUCCUCUCAUGAGACACAGGACACUUCUCUCCUUGUCAUUUGGGAAGGGGGGGUUUCUCUUCCCUUCCCCAGCCUAACCCAGGACUGAACAGACCACCAUUUCUUACUGGACCAGCAGUUCACAGCCCUGGCUUUGGCGUGAGAAUCACAGUCUUCCCGUCCCCUUCUCCCAGCCCGGGCCACACAAACCUUUCAUGCCACCUCCAUCAACUCAGCUGCAUGGCUGAGAGCUAGGGUCAUGGUGUAGAGCGAGUUCUCAAGACGUUGCUGAACUCUGGUGAGACACGUAGGCCAGGAGUGCUCUCACCGUGAGGCCCCGUUAGCAGGGAAACCUGGCCUGCCAGGGACUUCAUCAGGGACCGCAUGCUGUUUGUACUUCUUACCUUGCUGGCUUUUCUAGAUUCUUUUUGAGUGUGGGAAGAAGGGUUUUAGUAGAAGGGUGAAUCAUAUUUUACACAGCGGUCUUAUUUAUAUAAACGUCUUGGGUUUUACAAUUAAAAUGACUAAAAACUAAA